UUCUUCUCCCCUCCCAAGAAGCUCCUCUGCAUUACUCCCCACUUUCUUCUUCUUCUUCUUCUUCUUCUUCUUCUUCUUCUUCUUCUCUGCCAUCUGAUUAAGAUGCCUCCGACUCUUCCAGACUUCUCUUCUUCUGUCCGUCUAAAAUACGUCAAACGAGGCUAUCAGUACCUAGUGAAUAACUUCCUCACCUUCCUCCUGGUACCCGCCAUGGCCACCUUAGCCAUUCACAUAGUCCGGCUCGGCCCGGACGACAUUCUGGCCCUCUGGCGGUCGCUUGAGUUCGACGCGGUGCAGAUGCUCUUCUUUGCCCUCGUCAUGGUCUUCCUCGGCACCGUCUACUUCAUGUCGCGGCCGCGACCGGUGUUCCUCGUUGACUACGCCUGCUUCAAGCCGCCGGUCACCUGCAGGGUGCCCUUCUCCACCUUCAUGGAGCACUCCAACCUCUUGGAGCACUUCGACAAGAAGAGCGUCGGCUUCCAGAUGAGGAUUCUCGAGAGGUCGGGGCUCGGCGAGGACACCUGCCUCCCGCCGGCGCUCCACUACCUCCCACCUAAACCCAACAUGGAGGACGCCAGGGCGGAGGCCCAGCUCGUCAUCUUCUCUUCCUUGGACGACCUGUUCAAGAAGACGGGCAUCAGGCCCAAGGACGUCGACAUCCUCGUCGUGAACUGCAGCCUCUUCUCGCCGACGCCCUCGCUGUCCGCCAUGAUCAUCAACAAGUACAAGAUGAGGAGCAACGUCCGCAGCUUCAACCUUUCCGGCAUGGGCUGCAGCGCCGGGCUGAUAUCCGUCGACCUGGCGCGCGACAUGCUCCAGGUGCACCCCAACUCUUACGCCGUGGUGGUCAGCACCGAGAUCAUCAGUCCCAAUUGGUACGCCGGAAACGAGCGCUCCAUGCUGCUGCCCAACUGCCUCUUCCGCAUGGGCGGCGCCGCCAUCCUGCUCAGCAACCGCCGGAGGGAGCGGAGCCGUGCCAAGUACCGGCUCCUUCACGUGGUCCGGACUCACAAGGGUGCCGAAGACAGGGCGUACAAGUGCGUCUACGAGGAGGAAGACAAAGCCGGCAAGGUGGGCAUUUCCCUGUCCAAGGAUCUCAUGGUGAUCGCCGGGGAGGCCCUGAAGUCGAACAUCACGACGAUAGGCCCCCUGGUCCUGCCGGCGUCGGAACAGCUGCUCUUCGUCUUCUCUCUCAUCGGCCGAAAGAUCUUCAACCCCAACUGGAGGCCGUAUAUUCCCGACUUCAAGCAGGCCUUCGAGCACUUCUGCAUACACGCCGGCGGCCGGGCGGUCAUCGACGAGCUGGAGAAGAACCUGCAGCUGUCGGCGCAGCACGUCGAGGCGUCGAGGAUGACACUGCACCGGUUCGGGAACACCUCCUCCUCAUCGCUGUGGUACGAGCUGAGCUACAUCGAAUCGAAGGGGAGGAUGAAGAAGGGAGAUCGCGUUUGGCAGAUCGCGUUCGGGAGCGGAUUCAAGUGCAACAGUGCGGUGUGGAAGUGCAACCGCAGCAUCAAGGUCCCGGUGGACGGUCCAUGGUCCGACUGCAUUCAGAAGUACCCCGUCUACAUCCCAGACGUCGUCAAGCUCUGAAAAAUUAAUCAAGCUCAGUCAAGAGUUUACACACCCAUCACCAUCGUCAUCCUGUUUCUGUCGUCUUCAUCCUGCCUCCAUCAUAGGCCUUCCUUUUGUCUAAUCCUUGUGGUUGAAAGCAAUCCUUUGGUGGACACCACCCCCCGUAUAUCUUCUUUCCUCGCUGUAAUUGAAUUCUGCUCGGUUGGUCUGCACCCUAGACAUGGAUGGUUAAUUGCAUGUAAGUGUGAGAUGUACUUUCUGUUGUAUAAAAAGAGGUUCGAUCGGAGAGAAGACAGUGAGGUAAUAGUAGCGAGCUAGUCGGUUUCCUUUUCGUUCGUGAUCAGUGCGUCCUCUUCGUAGCUGUGACACCGGGCGGUCGAAGUAAGAAGAAGUAAUGGGCGGUGGUCCGUUACAAUGGCCUUUACUGUUUAGCAAUCUCCCAAUCGCAGAAAACAGUGACAACUUCUAUGUUUAAUGCCCAUUUACUCUUCUGGCAUGCAUUAA